GUGUCAAGAAAUAAUCCAGGCAAUGAACAGUACAAUGUAUUCAGUUUCUCUUCACAUAAAAGGGAAACUGGUAAAUAUUGAGCAGAAACGUGGUAACUUGAGCGUAAAUUACAGUGAUCGCUUACUUCAACUUCUUCGAGAAGUAAGACAGUUAAUAGGUCUCGGAUUUGUUGUGCCACGCAAAAUAGUUGAGUGCGCUAAUACUGGUGAACAAUUUUGCAAAUAUGCCAUCACCCUCAAGCAGUUAAGGGAACAGAAUAGUAGUGGAAUUUUUGUAGAAAGUAUUUCAAAUUUACGGACAUACCUCCAGAUUGUACAUUUCUACAAUACGGUCGACCAACAAAUGCUUCCAUGUCAGCAAGCGAUGAUGCUCGAUGAAGCUAUGAUAUUUGAAAAACUUAUGCUUUCAAAUCAGAAAGAUGAAAUGGCGGCAAAUGUGAUUUGCAGGGAUAAUCCAAAUCAUCUUAGAGAAUUCGUUGAGAGAUUGCAAGAAGCAGCUGAACGCUUAACAUUGCGUAACAGGCGAUUACGAAAAGUACAUAAUGAGAUUAGCGACAAAAUGAAGCAAUUGAUAAAUUGGAAUCUUCCAAAUGAACUUAGCAAAUGGAAAAAUGUUAUGACCGAAAUUCGGGGUAAGGUUGCAGAGCAAGAACGGAAUGUUGGGUAUGCAAGCAACAUGGUACUGUGGUUGUCACAUUGGGAUCUUCAACUUUACAAGAUACUACAGCUGCAAUACCAUUGGGGUAUCGAAAGUUUUCAUACCCAAAUUUCCCCAGUUCAAAUUCAGCUGGUGUUCAAUAAUCAACAGCUUGAAUUACGACCGCCCUUGGAAGAUAUUCGUGUAAAAUGUUAUCGGGAGUUGCGGAAGUUCGUAAGCAUUCCACUGAAAUUUCGCGGUAUUCAGGAUACGGAACAAUACCGCAAAAUGGAACUUGAAAAAAAUGUUAUAGAGUUAGUUCUUUCCUUUCUCUGUUUAAGGAAUGAAAGAAACAGAUCUGUGAAUAUGGAUUGGAUUGUACUAGGUCAGGUUGAUUUAGAAAGUUUAAUGCUGAAGCAUUUCAAGUGUGCCGCAGAUUGGGAAAAUCAGAUAAAACUGCUAAAGAACAAAGCUAGAGAUGCGCAGAAAUUACCAAGUGAAGUUAGGCUGGAAUAUAUUUUGAUCUCAACAACAAAUGUUAGGAAUGCCAUUGAUGAUAUGCUACAACGCCUAUUCGAUGCUUUGAUUUGGACUCUCAGAUAUUCAAUAAACAAUCAAAUUCUCGACGUUGACCAAUUCUUAAGUCAAGCAAUUAAAACACUUAACUGCAAACCGCAGUCAGCUGAUGAAAUUGCCGAGGUUAAUAAAAAACACGCUGAACUUGUCAAGUGCACCACUAAGAUGCAACAAACAGUAACUCUCAUUAAUGAGAAAAACGCUCUGUUACGAUCUGUUAGUGGCACUGGUGUUGAACAGUUAUCUGUGAUGUUAAAACAGUGGAACGUUUUCGAGUCAAUGUUGGAUAAUCAACAGUUGAUGAUUAAAGAGCAGGUCGGGUUUCUAAAAGCAAACGUCAGCAAUCGAUCAAAGUCACUAAAUGCUGAAGUUGAGAAUUUGUUCGUACGAUGGGCUCAGUUUAAACCAAACAAUGAUGUUCUUGGAGAUAAUGACUUGUUCCAAAUAAUUCAAUUUAUCAAAGAAAUACGCGAGGAAUUUAUCGAUUUGCAACAAAAGCAAGAAGCUUUGUUCACUGAAUGUGAACAGCUUGGUCUUUCGAAGCCAAAAAUGCCUAUGUUUGAUGAGAUAGCUAGUGAUUUAGAAGUGUUCGAAAAUAAAUGGUUGUUAUAUGAACAGUUCACUGACGGUUUGAGAGACAUGGCUAAUGAAGAAUGGGUUUUAUUCAGGUCAAAGUUGUAUCAGUUUGAUGAAUAUUUACAUGAAUGGGAUAAGAAGCUGAAAUAUGUACCAGUUACUAAUAUCACAACUCGUUUACGAAAAGAUGUUGAUCAGUUCAAAGAAAUGAGUUCUGCUCUGAAGUACUGCACUGGUGAAAUUUGGGGUAAUGAUCACUGGCUGGAAUUAUUUAGACUUAUCAAGAUGCCGAAAGGCACUACUUUGGGAAACUUACGUUUCGAGGACUUUCUAACUGCUUGUAAUAUGAUCAUUAGAAAUGUGGAGACAUUGAAAGUUUUGAACGAACGGGCUCAAGGAGAAAUCGUAAUUCGCGAAGCUAUCAAAGAAAUUGAACUUUGGGCGACACAGAUCAAAGAUAGUGAAGCUUUACUGCAUUCGCUUAAAAAUUCUCCAUAUUAUGCGCAUUUCACUGAUGAAGCUUCAGUUUGGGAAAUGCGAUUAGCUGAAACCGAGCAAUAUGUCGAAUGGCUGAAUUUAAUUCAACGAAAAUGGAUCUAUUUGGAACCAAUCUUUGGACGUGGCUCUCUUCCUUCCGAAGUAUCGCGUUUCAAUCGAGUUGAUGCGGAUUUUCGUGUGAUCUUAAAUGAUGUGGUACGAGAUAGACGUAUCAUCAGUCUGAGUAUGCGGUCUCUAAAGAGUACGCUGGAGCAAAUAAUUGAUCAACUAAAUCGUUGUCAAAAGGCUUUAAAUCAUUUUAUAGAGGAAAAAAGAAAUGCUUUUCCGAGAUUCUAUUUCAUGGGUGAUGAGGAUUUAUUAGAAUUGCUCGGUCAGUCAAUGAAUAUUGCAGUAAUCCAAGCCCAUUUGAAAAAGCUUUUUCAAGGAAUUCGUAAAGUUUCGUUUGAUGAAACUAAUAAAAUGAUCAUUGCAAUGGUUUCCAACGAUAAUGAAGUCGUUAUGCUAUCAAAACCAGUUGUAAUUGGCCCUCAAGUAGAAAUUUGGUUACAAGCUUUACUCGAGGAGAUGCGGAAUACGCUACAAAAAUUAGUUGUAAGCUGUGUUAGUGAAGAACAUCCUGAUCCUCGAAAAUAUCCAUCCCAAGUACUUUGUUUAUCAGAACAAAUUCGAUUUUGCGAGAAAUGUGAAAGACUUUUGGAUAGUAAAGAUAAUUUACAAAGCUAUCGGAAACAUUUAACCCGAACUUUAACGAAAUAUACGAACUUCAAGACAAUAGACCCUAUAUUGAAACUGAAAUUGAGAGCACUUGUAUUAGACAUAAUUCAUAAUAUAAGAAUUGUUAAUGAAUUGAUCGACAGUUCACCUUGCUCCAAAUUCUCAUGGGUAUGGCAAAAACAAUUGCGUUUUUAUAUGGAAUCUGGGGAUCGAGUUUCAGGUAAUUCGACAAAACUGGUUCAUACUCCCCUCAUUGACAAAUGUUAUUUAACUCUUACACAAGCUCUGUCCCUGGGUUUUGGUGGUAAUCCUUUUGGUCCUGCUGGUACAGGAAAGACUGAGUCGGUAAAGUCAUUAGCAAAUCUAUUUGGAAGACAAGUUAUAGUAUUUAACUGCGAUGCAGAAAUCGAUGUGUAUUCAAUGAAUCGCAUUUUUAUUGGUUUGGUGAACUGUGGAGCCUGGGGUUGUUUUGAUGAAUUCAAUCGUCUAGAUCAGACUGUUCUUUCGGCCGUGUCCAUGCAAAUUCAAGUCAUUCAAAAUGCGAUAAAAUCGAGAUUGGGAAAAUGCAUUCUAACUCACAAGGAGGUGACACUAGUUACUGUAGAUCCAAAUUCAGCUAUUUUUAUCACGUUGAAUCCGGUAGCUAAAGGAUAUGCUGCAAGGCAAAUAUUGCCGGAUAACUUAAAACAGCUCUUUCGUCCAGUUGUUAUGUCUCUUCCAGACUAUGAACUUAUAGCUGAAGCACUACUCACUGCAGAAGGUUUUUACGAUGCAAAAAAACUGUCACAGAAGCUGAUAACAGUUUUCGAAUUAAGCAGGAGCAUGUUGAGCUGGCAGCAGCAUUAUGAUUGGGGAUUGAGAGCAUUAAAAGCGGUUUUGCGCAGUUGCGGAAACUUAUUAAACUGUUCCAGUGAUAAGUCUGAAAUUCAAGUGGUUGUCGAUGUAUUUUGAUA